AUGACACGUCAUUUGAGCAUUCUUAUGAUUGGUGUCGAUUCAAUUUCCCGAAAUAACAUGAUUCGUUAUAUGCCAAAAACAAGACACUUCUUAUCUAAAAACCUCUCAGCAUUAGAUUAUCUUGGAUACAACAAAGUCGCCGAUAACACUUUUUUGUAUAUGGUUCCAAUGACAACAGGAAAAUUUGUGCAUGAAUUGCCAUUGAAUACCUCUUUAAAAAAUGUUUCAUUUGACCAUGAGGAGUCAACUUUGAACAACACCAUAAUUUUUUUUUAUAGCGACCAUGGAAUACGUUUUGGUCAAUUUAGACAAACCUUUAUUGGACAAAUGGAAGAACGUUUGCCUUUUCUGUUCAUAAUUCUACCACAGUGGUUUAAAGUUAAGUAUCCUGAAAUAUACACAAAUUGUAAAACCAACCAGCAGAGCUAUGGGACAUCACCUCAAUGA